UGACGGCGGCACGGCUCAUGUUCAGUAGACUCGGCCAUUUCUCUUGCGAAGCGUAGCAACUCGUUCGCGGCCGCGACACCUUAUUUUUUUCCCCCCUGACGACAGUGCGGGUAUUCCCGGAAGGUUUGCAAAAUAACGCGACGCAAAAGGAUGAUACACUCCGGGCGGACCAGGCUCGAGAAAAAAGUAAGUCGCGUGGGCGUGGGAGGAGGGGGCCAGCUCGGUCAAGGGGUGCAACCUGUCGAGGAGUCCGGUGCCGCGAGCGGACAAUGGUGGAGGCAACAGAAUCCAUCGUAUCAUCAUCACCAUCACCAUCACCAACACCAUCACCAUUACCAUCAUCAGGCCGGUUAUUACACGUCGCAAUCGCACAAUCACAACAAUCCUGUCACUACCAUGAAGCAGUCUUACAUGCAGCUAACAUGGGUGUUUCAUGACGACGAGGCGCAGAUUAAUAAGAAACUGCCAAAAGAAUUGCUGCUUAGAAUUUUCUCGUAUCUGGACGUGGUGUCGCUGUGCCGGUGCGCACAAGUGAGCAAAGCAUGGAACGUGUUGGCGCUCGACGGGUCCAAUUGGCAGAGAAUCGAUCUCUUCGAUUUCCAACGGGACGUGGAGGCACGGGUCAUAGAGAAUAUAUCGAGGCGAUGCGGUGGCUUCUUGAGACAGCUGUCCCUCAGGGGCUGCCAGAGCAUAGGGGACAUUUCGAUGCGCACCCUCGCCCAAUUGUGCCCGAACAUCGAGGAGCUGAAUCUGAGCCAGUGCAAGAAGAUCUCGGACGUCACCUGCGAGGCCCUCAGCAAAUACUGCCCGAAACUGCAACGACUGAACCUGGACUCGUGCCCUGAGAUUACAGACAAAGCCCUGAAGGAUCUCUCGAACGGAUGUCGGUUUCUCACGCACAUCAAUCUGUCCUGGUGCAACUUACUUACCGACAAGGGUGUCGAGGCGCUGGCGAAGGGUUGCCAGGAGCUCCGGAGCUUUCUUUGCAGAGGCUGCCGUCAGCUGACCGACAAGGCCGUCAAGUUUCUGUCGUCUUAUUGCCAUAAUUUGGAGGCGAUAAGUCUACACGAAUGCCGGAAUGUCACGGACGACGCGGUAAAAGAGCUGAGCGAACGGUGUCCACGAUUGCAUUACGUUUGCCUGUCGAAUUGCCCGAAUCUGACCGAUGCGUCCCUGGUCACGUUGGCGCAAAAUUGUCCACUCCUCAGCGUCCUCGAGUGCGUCGCCUGUACCCAUUUCACAGACGCGGGCUUUCAAGCUCUUGCAAAAAAUUGCCGACUACUCGAGAAGAUGGACCUGGAAGAGUGCCUUUUAAUUACAGACGCCACCCUCAUUCACCUGGCCAUGGGCUGUCCCAGAUUGGAAAAGCUGAGUCUAUCGCACUGUGAGCUAAUCACCGACGAAGGCAUCCGGCAGUUGGCUCUCUCGCCGUGUGCGGCGGAACAUCUGGCGGUGCUGGAACUGGACAACUGCCCCCUGAUCACAGACGCCAGCCUCGAUCAUCUUCUACAGGCCUGCCACAAUCUCGAGCGCAUCGAGCUUUACGACUGUCAACUGAUCACCAGAGCUGGCAUACGUAGACUCAGAGCGCAUUUACCCAAUAUCAAAGUCCAUGCGUAUUUCGCGCCGGUUACACCACCGCCGAGCGCGGGCGCGUCCCGGCAACGAUACUGCCGGUGCUGCGUCAUUCUGUGAUUCCGCAUCCAAGUGAUUCUGAUGUAAAUCGUCCGACGUGCCACACUACCGGUGGACAAAUUGUUUCGGUGAUCGUUGGUUGCGGCGAUCGUGGGAACCCUCUUCACUACGGCCGGCCGGUCGGCCAGACGGCACGGCGCUCUGGCUGGCCGUUUGCCACGUCGACAGAGUGAUGAGAAACGGGAGCCUCAUCGUGAGAAUCGCGAAUCCUUCGAAAUCCAUCGUUCGAGCCCGCUACAUACGCAACGAGUUACAGUAAUCGUCACCGUCACCUACAGAACACCAACCACGGAUUACACACCGGGGACACAACCACCAGGCCGUUGCUGCAAUUAACUUACCGUUAUCAACGCUACUAUCCACUACUAUACUCGCCGCUGUUCGAUAACUAAUUUGCGCAGGGGUCCGUUUAUCGGUUUCUACUCGGAGACUUCCCGUUGUUGUUUUUGUUUCUUUUUUUUUUCGUUCCGCCCCCCCCCCCACCGAUA